UGGAACCUACUUCGCAUUGAUCAUUCUCAUCUCUCUCGUGUCCCGGAAAAUUCGAGAGAAAAUCAGAACAACGUUUUCAAGUCCGAGCAUCCUCCAGAAAAUUCUUGGCUCUCCUUAUAUAUACGGCAUCUAAUCCUCCCCUUCAUAUCAUCAAAAUCAUCGAAGCAAAUACUCAAACUUACCGAUCGUGUUCAAAAAUGUCUCUCAUCCCCAGUUUCCGACGAACCAGCGUCUUCGACCUCGAUCCCUGGGAUCCGUUCAAGAAUUUCCAGUUCCCUUCCUCGUCGCUCUCCACUUUCCCUCGCGAAAACUCGGCUUUUGUGAACACUAGGAUCGACUGGAAGGAGACCCCAGAAGCCCAUGUGUUCAAGGCUGACAUUCCCGGGCUGAAAAAGGAGGAGGUCAAGGUUGAGAUCGAAGACGACAGGGUGCUUCAGAUCAGCGGAGAGAGGAAGAUAGAGAAGGAAGACAAGAACGACAAGUGGCACCGUGUCGAGAGAAGCAGCGGGAAAUUCUCCAGGAGGUUCAGGCUGCCUGAGAACGCUAAGGUUGAUGAGAUUAAGGCUGCAAUGGAGAAUGGGGUUCUGAGUGUGAAUAUUCCUAAGGUGGAGAAGAAGAAGCCUGAUGUCAAAGCCAUUGAAAUUUCUGGGUAAUCCGGAUUUAAGUUCAUCAUUGUUGGUUUGCCUCUCUCGUCCUACUAGUAUAUGAUUGUCAGUGUGUAACUGUGUGUUGUGGAUUCUGAACUUGUUAUGCGAUAGCAUUUGCUUGUGGGUUUUGCUUUGUGCUAAAUGAAUGUGCUCUGUUUUUCUCUUACACAAAUAUCCAAUUAGCGGUAUUAAUUUGUUCUAGCUAUU